AUGGCGACUUCAAUUAUCUCCUCGUUGAGGGGCACUCAGCUUUUUCUGCUUGGACUCCUUUGGUUUCACAUUAGUGGCAUUGCGAAAGCAGAGGAAACUUCUUUCUACAAAUCACCCCGGAUACAUUUUCAUCACGCCUUACGAGCUUCAAAACCCCGGACCUUACAUAUUCGACAGCACAGGGGUAAGUCCCAGUUCUACCGAAACCGACGCCUGCCGAUCACUGACGGGUCACACGAUCAACAGGAGUUAGUAUGGAGCGGCUGGGGUAUCUCAGGCCCGGGGAAUGCACAUGGCCUCCACGUGUGCAAGUACAAAGGCGCCGAUCACCUAUGCUUCUUUCAAGGGAAUCAACAAAAAGGAUACUGCCGCGGGCAUGGAAUUAUCAUGGACCAGAACUAUCGAGUAGUACGAUCCAUACAACCAGGUGGAGGAAUGGCAUCUAGCGACAUGCACGAAUUUCGCCCGAUCAACGAUGGAGAAACCGCUCUGAUGACCAUCUAUCAACAGCGGCAAUUCGACAUGACACCAUGGAACGUCAAGACUGGACUUGGCUGGCUCAUGGAAAGUGUUUUCCAGGAAGUCGAUGUGGAGACAAACAAGGUCCUUUUUGAAUGGAGAUCGCUUGACCAUGUUGAUCCUUCAGACAGUUUUACUUGGCCCUCUCAUACGGACACCUCUGGCACCGGGCUGAACGUCCACGAGCCGUGGGAUUAUUUCCACAUCAACUCUAUCGACAAGAAUGCAGACGGUGACUAUUUGAUUUCGUCGCGCCAUACCUGUGCGAUUUACAAGAUCUCUGGAAAAGACGGCUCCGUGAUUUGGCGCCUUCACGGUGCCCAGCCCACUUUCCGCAACAUCAACUUCAGCUUCUCACAGCAGCACGACGCUAGAUUCCUGUUCGAAAAUGCGACACACACCUUCCUCUCACUUUACAACAACGGAUAUAACGGCUUCAACAAAACCCACACAUACUCCUCCGGUAUGAUCAUUUUGCUCGAUCAUCUGGAAAACACGGCUCUUCAGAUUCGCGAUUACGCUCCGAUCUCAAAGGACCUGGUGAGCUCCAGCCAGGGAAACCUGCAGAUGCUUCCAAACCGCAACGUACUCAUUGGGUGGGGCAAUAAUCCAUUUGUGUCUGAACAUGACGAGGCGGGCAACCUACUGUUCUGGGGCUCCUUUGCUAAAGAUACCGUGAUGAACUACCGUGCAAUGAAGUUCGAAUGGAAUGGCAUGCCAACGGACUCCCCUGCACUAUGGUCAUAUUCCAGGACAGCCGAGCCUUUCUCACCAACAAGUUUCUAUGUCAGCUGGAACGGUGCAACCCGCGUCAAGUCAUGGAAAUUCUACGGCGCAAUGAACAUGACCGGACCGUGGACAUUGCUGGACAAUGUAAACAAGACCGGGUUCGAGACCGAGUAUACCAACGCCAGUUUCUACCUUUGGUCUAAAGUCGAGGGCCUGGAUCACGAAGGCAACGUGCUCGGCAAGUCUGAGACCAAGUACACCUUCGUGCCCUCGGCGGAGCUUCGCGAGUUCUGUGCGGACUCCACCUGCCUCGAUGCUCCGGGAUACGGCUUCCCGGGUGAAGAGGCAGCCCGACCAUUCAUUCCUCCUGUGGGAGUGAAUACUGUGCCUUGGAUUGAUCCCGACAAUCCGGGAUCCAACAUCUGGAUCAAUCCAUCCGGAUAUCCGCACUCUUCGGGAACCCUCAAGUACUCGAAGGGGUGGGACCUUGGCCGCCUACUUGCUUGGAGCUGCGUUCUUAUCGUGGCAAUCCCCAUUUCCGCUGGUGCCUAUCUCGUAUAUCGAUACUAUACGAGGGACUCGAUCGACAGACUGCAGGAUCAGGAGUCUUCCGAGCCGCUGAACGGAAUGACCGAGCGGAAUCAUUCUGGAAUCCCCGCUGGCCUUCCCUGGUGGAAUUGGCGCCGGUUGAACGGCAAAGGCGAUCCGCCACACUACCACUCGCUUGGCCGGCGCAGCUCACAAGAGCAUGGACGACAACAACAUCGACAGCGGAACGAAUGA